AUGCUGUGCCACGGAUCGCACCCAGAGCAUCCCAUGCGGGUGUUCAAGCACCCAAAGGCUGGCCUGUUGUGUUCCAUCUGCAAGGCGUGCGCCCACCCAUCCAUGGCGGAGUGGUGCGGCUGCACGCAGGAAGGGUGCAACUACACGCUCUGCUGGAAGUGCUUGGAAAUCGACGAGCAGUUGUUUGAGACCCCACAGGUCAUCAUUCGCAACCCCCUCCUGUCGCACGAGGACAUGGGCGUAUGCCUGCGCACGCGCCCGCGCAACAAUGCGCAUGUGCUGUGCCCGCUCUACCCCGGUCGCCUUAUGGUCGCUGUCUCCAGCGCCAAGGGAACCCUCGACCCGAAUGAAACUUAUUACCGGUUGAAAAAUGGUGGAUGGCUGAACGCUGGGCAUGUUGUUCGUGUGCUUCCGUCACAGCAACUUAUAGAAGAGCUCGCCAAGUCCCAUUUACGGGCUGAGGAUGAGCGUCCCAAUAACUUGAUGCCAUUCAAGGAUCUUCUUGUCUGCAUCGACGAGAGCUUUCGGUUGAUGGAUGAGCGGUCCCCGUACGGUCCAGUUAUGGCCUUGCUUGCCUUUUUCCCGAUGAUUCAGUAUUCCUCCAACCUGCACUUCAUCUCACCAGAGGAACGCGUCGCUUUUGUUCGAGCGUCGCUGGGGUUUAUUCACUACGUGUUCCACUACGUUCUGGAUGAAGUGGAACACUGGAUACGAAGCAUGGAUCAUAGAGUAAAGAGUACGGUGCUGACUCUUUAUGUGGAAUUGCUUGGGAAAUCACUCAUCGUGGCGCGUGAUGUGGCCGCAUCUCAAAUUGUUGCGCUCCCGAGUGAGCUCGGCCCACUCGUGACGAAGACGGCUAAAGUUACCGUGGCCCUCAUGCCAAUCGUGGAGUGGGGAACAGUACCGCAGGGGGGGGCUUCAAAUGUCACGUUGCGAGUGCCGUCUGUUGCGAGCCGUCAGGUGGAGUACGAAGAAGAACAGGCACGGCUAUUUAUUUGCUGCUACAACAUGGUAGAAACGGCAGGAUGGCUCCUGUUACACACACCUUCUUUUACGUACGACCUCAGCGACAUUCGUCCCCUCCGUGUAGCCGUCUCCAUUGUACCCAAUUCGGAGAGCCUAGAGCGCAUGCUGUGUCAAGUUGCAACAAAUGCACUUGACAGGAUGCCUUCGUUACGAAACCGAAUUCAUGACCUGGAUGUGUUGGAAGUAGCAAUUUUGCUUGCUGGAAAAGCAACUUGCGCUGAGAGCCAGAUGGCAGUCUUUAAGCUCAUUUCUGCCAUUGCUCACAAGUCUCCGCGGAACAUAUCGCAAAUUGCUUCUCUGGUGAUAGCGCCGCUGGUUCAACUAGCCAUGAGGGCGUGGAAUACUGUAGUGGCCAACGCUGCUUUUGACUGUUUUGUUGAAUUGGCGUACAAUGACCCGCGUGUUGAUAGUUCCCGACUUGGCUCGCAGGGGGAGGCGUUGGCGCUUCCGGUGUGCUCCGCCGUGCUGUACCCGCAAGGGGUGCCAUACCAGAUGAUGAGUCUCUACGAAGUGGAGGAACGUCGAAUGGCCCUUUGCGAGCACUGCAGGAGUAUGCAUCCCCCAGAGGGUGGCGUGCUUGUGAGUGAGCCACAAUUCGCUUACUUCCACUGCCAGUGUUCCUGUUGCCUGCAUGAGAGGGUGGCGCACCCGCUCCCACCUCCGAAUGUUCCGCCAACUUUGGCUAUUCAGGAGAUGGUGAAGGGAGGCAUCUCACGUCUAAUGCUCUUCUGGCUCAAAUGCAGCGAAGCGGCUGUAGCCAACACUGUGGGACGGCUUUCUCUCAAGAUUGAAGUCCCAAAGGAGGUGACGAUUGCGCUUUAUCGCUCGCUGCUUCGGCAAGACCUCGUCGGUUAUGCCGACGCGGCCCUCGCUGUGGCGGCGCAGUCGCACCUUCCGGUUGUGCGGGAGAUGCAGCGGGAGCACCCGUGCGCCCCGAUAUCGCAGUACCUGUCAUGUCAGCCAGGAUUCCUGACGACAGCUUCGGUGAAUGAGCAAACGCCAGGUAAAGCGUCGUACUGCGAGGAGACUGACGGGUUGUCGCCCUCGCCCAAUGUUGCAGUGAAGGGCGGUGGGGCGUACGCGUCGCUGCCGGGCGGCGUUUCGCCGCCGCUCGUUGACUUCUUCACAGGACCGCAGAAGAUAUACCUGGACGAUGUCCUAUAG